CCGGGCACAACCGGCCGCCAUUUUGUGCAGCCCAGGAGGAAGGCAGGAGGGGAGUAGACGAGCAGAGCGGCCGAGGAGGCGGCGGGGGGGACGCAGGCCCGACCGGGGGUUUCGGCGACCAGGGGGCGGCCCGGAUGGUGAAAUCCUCCCUGCAGCGGAUCCUCAACAGUCACUGCUUUGCCCGAGAGAAGGAAGGAAAUAAAAACACCCACGCCAUGCCCGCCCUGCCCGCCAACGCCGCUUUGACCAGUUCCAGGGGCUCCUUCAGUUGCUGUAGUAACCUGGGUCCAGGGCCUCGGUGGUGUUCCGAUGCCCCUCACCCACCCCUGAAGAUCCCAGGUGGGCGAGGGAAUAGCCAGAGGGAUCACAAUCUUUCAGCUAAUUUAUUUUAUUCUGAUAAUCGGCUGAAUGUCACAGAGGAGGUCACCUCCAACAACAGGACGCGAAUCCUAAACAUCCAGUCCAGGCUGACGGAUGCCAAACACAUCAGCUGGAGAACCGUGUUGAAUAACAACAGUGUCUACAUCGAAAUCCCUGGUGGGGCUUUGCCCGAAGGGAGCAAAGACAGUUUUGCAGUUCUCCUCGAGUUUGCCGAGGAACACCUUCAAGUCGACCACGUCUUCAUUUGCUUCCACAAGAACAGAGAUGACAGAGCCUUGUUGCUCCGAACUUUCUGCUACUUGGGCUUUGAGAUUGUGAGACCGGGACAUCCCCUUGUUCCCAAACGACCCGAUGCUUGCUUCAUGGCCUACACGUUUGAACGAGACUCUUCGGAAGAAGAUUAGAUUUCAAUGUGUUUUAUUUGGUUUUUUUUCUUUGUUUCCUCUCUUUCUGUUGGGUUCCCCCCCUCUGUGCCUCGUAGAGCUUUCUUGUUCCUUAUUUAGGAGGUGGAUCUGUAGAAAUUUGGUCAACAUCUUAUAAUGCCUACGUGUGUAUGUGUUUGCGCGCACAUAAAUGACUUCUUUGUACGAAUUGCGGCGCCAGGCCGCUCUGCUGGUGGUGGUUGGUGGUGGGAGAGAUAUUGAAAAUGUUCCUGCUUGGGUCAUCUUUUCCCCUCUCUCUUUUCCCUUCCCUGCAUUUCUCCGCAUGUCGUGACUGUGCGAAAAUAGCAACGCUCACUCCAAAUUAGCCACAUAUAUUCCCCUGGAAGUUUAAUAUUGUGUGUUUGCAAUACCGGAGUAUUUGCUUUAAUUCUAAAUAAAAGUUUAUAUUUUACUUUUA